AUGGCAGACUCUGAGCAGCCGGGGGAGUCCGAGGCGCAGCUGUCUCUGCGGCUCCUGGGGCCUUUUGCGCGGCCCCUCGAGUCCAGCCGACUGGUGUUUCCCUCCCGCUGGAGUGCAGAGAGCGGCAGCCAAGAUGUCAAAAGGAGAAAGACGCGAGGACGCAUCGUGUCCCCUUCUGUCGCGUCAGAGAGCGAUGAAGAGCCGACGUGUGCUUCCGAUCCUUGUGCAGCCUGUUCAGACACACGCGCUCCCGCUUUGCCAAACGCAGGGACGAUCUCCCACGGUGCCCGCGUCGUGUGCGGCUCUGUAGCUUCUUCUUUUUCCUUUCGAAGGCUCCCGUCGCCUGCUCCAGAUUCGUCAUUGAGCUGUUCAUCAUCUUCGUCUGCUUCUUCCCCUUCCUCUCCUCACUUUGCUUCGCGGUGCGACUGGUGGCUUGACGGCAGUCGGGCUGCGGGAGAGGGUGCAGACGCGGCCGCCGAGUCCCUCGCGAAGCAGCGCUUUGCGUUGUCGUUCUCGCCUCCCAGCGGGUCUCGAGAGAGUCUCGACUGGUGCACCUCCUGUGUGACGCGCCCAUCAUCGUCCUCCGCGUCGUGCUGUCCCCACCCUCCUGCGUCCCCCCUCGCCGGCGCGCCUCUCGCCUUGUCACCGUCUGCGUCGCUUGACUCUCCGCUCUUGUCUCCCGCGUCUCCACGCCAGUCCCCUCCAAGCGCGUCCCCGGCUCUGUGGCGAGAUCCGCUGGUGCUGUUCCUCGUGGUUGGGAACUUCUUCAUUUACGUCGACCGCGGCGUGAUUCCGGGGACUUCGGUGGAGCUCGCGGCCUUCGUGGCCUCGACGACGACGACGGCGAGCCCCGACACGCUUCUUGGUCUGCUGCAGGCGUGCUUUGUCGCAGGCCUCUCGCUCGGCUCGCCCUGCUUCGGUCACGCAGUCCACUUUCUGCCGCCGUUCCUUCUUCUCGCUGCCGGCCUCGGCGUCUGGGCCACGGCGCUUCUCCUCGCCGCGCUCGCGCAGCCCGCGAACUGCUUCGCACUCCUAGUGGGCGGGCGGCUGCUCAGCGGCGUCGGCGAGGCCGCCUUCGUCGCCAUUGCGUUCCCCUUCUUGGCGAGCUACGCCGAGAAGCGGGCGAACGAGGAGGAGCGCCCCCCGGCGGCGCGCCCAGUGGAGCCGCACCCGCCGCCGCGCGAGGCAGCCGAAGCCGAGGCAGGCACGCGCGGAGAAAUCGCGCGCAAAAAGCGACGCAGGAAGGGCAGUGAAGGUCGCGAAGGCGAAGGCGCAUCACUGCUCAAAGGCGCUGUACAGCCGAACGCGCGCGUGGGCACGGGACACUCGACUGCGGCGUCGUCGGCGCCAUCCGCCUCCACAGAGUGCGUGGCGACGGCGCUGAACGCGGACUCGGCGCCCCAAAGCCCCUGCGCACGCGCGCCUCCUCCGCCUCUGCUUCCUGCGGCGUCACGGCUUCAAGGCGCCUCUGCGCCCGCCGUGACUUUGCGUCCCCCGCGCAAGAAGACUUCGCAGGGCGCCGUUCUGGGCGUUUUCCUCUGCAUGCUGCCGCUCGGCGUCGCGUCGGGCAUCGCCUGGAGCGCCUCGUUGACGCGCCUCCUCCCCUCCGGCUGGGCGGCGGCGUACGCCUUUCUCUCCGUCUUCGGUCUUGUGCUGUCGCUGACUGCCUACGCAGUUCACCGCUCGCUGGCGGCGGCGCAGGGCGCGGCGCGGGGCGCGGCCAGGCGCUCGAGUCUGCCGCCGCGACGUCGCCGCGAGCGCGACGGCGAACACGCGAGGCUAGGCGAAGGCGAGACGUUGAGCGGCGCGUCGUCGCGACCGAGUCGAGGUCGACACCGCGGGGGGCCGCCAGACUUGCGAGUGGAGGGACGUGACGCGCACCGCCACGCUUCCGCUUCUGAUCUCGCGCGCCGUGACGCCGAGGCGCGGUCGUGGUUUUACUCGGCGUCUUCCGCGUGCCCUAAUCGUUUUUCGCCUUCAGCGUCCCGCUCGCCGUGUCCUCCGUCUCCUCCCUCGUCGCCCACAGGCGUCGCAUCUCAGGCCCCCGCCGCUUCGCUGUCGGAAGAGACGCGCGUGCUGCUGUCGCGGCCCGCCUUCAUCUGUCUCUCUCUGUCGGGCGCCUCCUAUGCGGCGGUCGUUCAAGGCUUGGCGACCUUCGCGGCGAAUUUCCUCCUCGCGCUCGGCCUCUUCCGCUCCGAGCUGCACGCAGGCCUCACGGCAGGCGUACUGGCGGCCUCUGCUGGACUUACAGGCACCGCUCUGGGCGGCUGGCUGGUGGACUGCUGCAGCGAUGUCGACGAGUCUCUCGCGGCAGAGGACGGUCAGGCGCAAGGCGCCGGUGCCGCGCGAGCGCUAAGAGGCACAAACCGAAGCGGCGGCGAAGAAAGCGAGGAAGGAGGCGUAGCUCCAUCCUCUGGUCCCUCAGGGCGAGCAGAGGAUGGAGGACUGAUGCGCGGAAUUCGCGACGAGCCAGGUAUUCCGCGUCUCAGAGCCGACGGCACGCAAGCUCGAGCUCCUCCUGAGGCGCGCCGCCAUCCUCUGCGGAUCGUCGUGAACCCUCCCGGCGCGGGCGCGGAAGAGGCAGCGCGGCCGGGCGCUGCAGCAGGGGGGGAAGGAGGCAGACUGAGCGACGAGGGAGGCACACCGAGGCAGGAGGCGCCUCUGGCGAUGCGAGGACGCGAAGCUGUGAGCGCCGCCGCGGAGGUCACUUCAUCGUCGGCCUCCUGCUGUCUUUGCGAACUCGGUCGCGAGCGUGGAGGAACGAAAAUAUCGCCGCAAGCGCGGGAGACAGGCCGGCGAGCACCGGCAGCAGAAAUCGCCGACGCGCAUGCCGACUCCCGGGCGGCGUCGGGGGAGACGCGUGGAGACGAAGACGCUGCGAACGCAGAAGAGCGUGCCCCCGAAGCCGCGCGGGCUUUAAAGCUUCGACGCAUCUGCUCGCUGAACCUCGUCUUCAUCUGCAUCGCCUUCGUCCUCCUCGCAGGCAGCAGCGUAGUCAGCAGCCUUUGGAGCUUUCUGCUUCUCCAGCUCUUCGGGCUCACGAGUCUCUACGCCACUCAGGUGGGCGGCAGUCUGGCGCAGAUGCUCUCCGUCCCGCAAGAGAAUCGUUUCUUCGCGAUUGCAGCAUCCAUCCUCGUCGUGCAUACCUGCGGCGACAUUCCGUUCCCAAUCGCCGUCGGCUACGUCAAAGAUUGGCAGGCGCCUGCGUGCGCGCAGAUCUCUCCAGAGGAUGGCGCUAGCGCGUCGUGCAGGGCGGAAGAGUCUGGCGUUAGGCGAACGAUUUUUUUCACGUUUGUUCCUCUCCUUCUCAUGGCCGCGGCGACGACGGCGGCGAAGCUCGUCGCGCAGGGGCCUGGAGACCCGCGCGUCCGCGAGCCAGAGCGGAGAGGAAGACCGACAGACGAAGACUGGGCCCCUUCGAAUGGAGACUCUGAGGAUGCAGGCUGCUACAGAGGACGACUCGUCGAGGUCUAA